AUGGUAUGGAUCUACGGAGGAGCGUUCAUAACGGGCAGCGGCUCCGCCAGGAGCUACGGGCCGGACUUCCUGGUGGAACAAGGCGUCAUCCUCGUCACGCUCAACUACCGUCUCGGCGUCAUGGGCCUGCUGGGUCUGGAAGAUCCCGUGGCGCCAGGGAACAACGCGUUCAAGGACCAGGCGGCGGCGAUGCGCUGGGUGCAAGCCAACAUCCGGGCGAUGGGCGGAGACCCGGACAAGGUGACCAUCUUCGGGCAGAGCGCGGGCGGCUCCAGCGUCGAGCUGCACGUCUACUCCGCGCUGUCCAGAGGUCUGUUCAGGGCGGCCAUCUCGCAGAGCGGCUCUGCGAUCGGAGGAGGGCAAGGAGAGAUCAACAACCGCGAGACCGCUUUGUGCAUCGGCGCAGAGCUGGGACUGCAGACGGAGAACUCCACGGAGCUGCUGGCUUUCCUGCAGUCGGUGGACGCGCUGUCGCUGUAUAACACGAGCUGCGGCACCGCUUUCGGGAUGGCGGUGGAGCCGGAGGGGGAGGGGGCGUUCCUCACGACACAGACCGCCCACCUGGGCGCGUGGGCGCUCGCUGGCAACUACACGCACGUGCCGCUGGUGUCCGGCGUCACCUCCGGCGAGUACAACUACAUGGUGGGCGGAGACGUGCUGGACGAGGUUACGGUGAACCAGCUGAAUAACGAUUUCGAGGGUGCCAUCGACAUCCAGCUGCGGUUGCCGGAUGCGGAGUCGAAGCAGGCGGCCGCCGUGGUCAUCAGACCCUUCUACUUCGGCAACGUCUCCACCAUCACCGCCGACGACGCUGUGCCCUACGCCGCCAUGAUGACAGAUCUGAACAACGGUGAACCAGCGGACACUACGGUGCAUCUUAUCAGCUCCAGCAACACCUACCCCGUCUUCUACUACCAAUACGACUACUCCGGCAGCAGUCCAGACUUCGGUCUCCCUGAUAUUUAG